AUGAGAAAAACCAUACAAUUCUCUCGAAAUUCAAGCUCUUACAAUAAGCAUAAAGAAAAGGAAUCGAAGGAUAUCAUCAUAUUGAAUGAUCGUUAUGGUCUAGCAUUAAGUGCAUUUAUAUAUGCUGGUUUCACCGAUCUG